AUGCGCCGUCAUGCUUUGAAACGUGUCAUGAUGUCUGUCCCGGCUGCAUCGGCCAUCGCCGCGCCAAACCGAGGCAUUUUCACGGUAUGGGGGUCUGUUCCACUUGAGGCCUGGGCGUCGCAGGAGCCCUGGCUAACGCGCAUGAGCAGCAUGUCAAAGUAUCGUAGCUUUGAGUUUUUUCAUGUGCCGGAGGUUGAGGCCCCGGAGGGCGUUCAACUCUCUGCGGUGGAGAAGUACCUGCUCAGUUGCGUGGAGGACGACACCAACCGUCUGCUGAAUUUAUCCUGGACGUAUGGUUUUGACCCCUUCUGGAGCGACCGCGUGUACUCCCAUGACGUCCUCUUUCAGAUUUUGUAUCAGCACAACUACCCUAUCUACAAGUUCUUCUUUGGCGACUGCUCGAGCAACGAGGAAGGACGAAAAUAUAUUGAGAAGAAACUGAAUUAUCUUAAGUCCGUGUUGCAAUGGGCAGUGAUGACGGAGAGGUGCUACACGACCAUUGCGAAGGCCAGAUUCACGCUGCAGCGUGAGGUCUGGAAUUCUUUGGAGCGUGAGCGGUACUUAAUGGGAUGCGUGGAGGCCCUGGAAGAAUUCAAGAAGGAGGUGCCGAGGGAGUUUGCCGAGAAGGCCAUUGGGGAACUUGAAACCGAACUCAGCUCCGUGCGGCACUGGGUGUGGGACUGCCCCAAUGCGAAGCGAUUAUACAAACAACUGUCAUGA